GGGCAAUUGUGAGUUUUUGUUCUCCCUCCCGGCCGCCUCACAACUUGCGCCCACAUGAUUCUUUCUUUCCAGGCUACCAUAGCGCCAGACUUGGAGAAGAGAAGCAGUGCUGUAGCGCCGCGAGAAGCGCAUCUACAGUCGAAAGGGAACGCAAGGGGACUGGGAGAAUCGUAAAGAUGCACGCUGUGGCGAGUCGAGCCGGCGAUGAGGAAGAGGUGGUGGUGCACGGGCACAUCGUCAUCGGAUCAGGCGUCUUUGGAUCAUCCACUGCGCUCGCACUCUCGCGUCUAGGUCAUAGCGUGACAGUGCUGGAUCGCUCAGCAUCCGGCUACUGCGCUCCCGAUGCCGCAUCCAACGAUCUCAACAAGAUAGUCCGAGCGGAUUACAAGGACGAACAUUAUGCUCGAUUAGCCAAGAUGGCCAUCGAACUUUGGAGAAGAGACGAUGGGCUGAGCCAGUGCUACCAUGAAGUGGGAUUGCUGCUUCACUCGGGAGAGUCGAAUCCUCAUGGAGAAGCGUAUGUCAAAAGGGGAUUGUCGACUGCCUUGAAGGAUGCGCAUCGAGAGGAGGGGCCGAGCAGCUCUUCUCAGCGCGCCGAUCGAUCCAGCGCGACCCUCGAGUCGGGCAAGACGACGGGAAGCAUCGGCACGUCCAUGCCUGCGCCUCUGCCUCGCCUCGCUUACGAGCUCACCUCUGACGAGCAGACCAGCAGCGUGUUUCCCGCUGAUUUGGAGCUGGGCGUUGGCCUAAAGGGCAUCGGCAAGACGCAGCAAGCCUACAUCAAUCCGCGCGCAGGCUGGGCCGAAGCGCAAAAAGCCACCAACAUCGUGCUCGAUCAAGCUAAAGAGCUGGGUGUGCGCGUGCUGAGCAAUGCCAAUGUCGUCGAGCUUCUGCACGACGACCAAUUCCGCUUCUACGGAGCCCGAUUGCAAGAUGGUAGGAUUGUUCGAACGAGCGAUCGCAGCGCUCACGUCAUUUGCUGCGUUGGGAGCUGGAGCACAAAAUUCUUGCGCUCUGCUUUGCCCCAAAAGAUUCAACGACCGCCAAGCACCUCUUCAGCUCAGUGCGUCUUGCUUCUUCGCGUCGAGAAUGCGCAGUUGAGACGCCGGAUGAAGGACAUUCCCGUAGUGAUCAAUUUCGACACUGGCUUUUACGCUUUCGAACCCAACGAGGAGGGGCUCUUGAAGUGCGCCAUACAUGGGGAGGGUUAUGCGUACCCCGAGCCUCCUUGCGCUCCUCAAUCAUCCUAUCCCAAUUUUGCGCAAGGGCAAAGCGGCGCGGGCGCGGAUGACUCUCCCUCCUCCUCAGAGCGGCGCGCCUCCAACACAUUCGUUCCCGCGGACAAGCAGGAGAAGAUGCUCGAGGAGCUGUACGGCCUCUAUCCAGAGCUGGCAGAUCAAGGGAAUGCGCAAGUGGUGGAGAGCAGGAUAUGCUGGUACAGCGAUUCGGUGGAUGAAGAGUGGUUGAUAGAUCACGUUCCAGGCACGCGCGGCCUAGUCGUCUGCUGCGCAGACAGCGGACACGCCUUCAAGUUCUUGCCCUUGCUCGGCUCGCUCGUGACCUCCCGCAUGCAGCUGACCGACAAGCCGCUCACUCCUCAUCAAUCCAAAGUCUGGUCAUUCGCCCAUCACCUGCAAGCUGCAGCUGCUCAUCGCACAGAGCUCAACAUCAGGGGUCAGAUUUGAGCUCCCAAAAGUCACUUUGCUGAGCCGAAAAAAAAAAGUUUUCGCACCGCGUGCUGUAUCUCUAUGAGCAUAUGCGUAAUCAGAGCUAGACGUGCGCGCCGCAUUGGAGAC